AGAAUAAAAAAAUAAUCAUUUUAAAAAGAAGAAAGAAAGAAGCUAUUGCUGUGAACAGCCGAACACAACGCCCUGCCCCGAAAGAAAGAAACACAGAUCUCUCUUCUCGAAUCAAACUCACACAAUUUCUAGGGUUUCAAUCUUCAAUCUAACCACAGCUCAGUAGUAUGGCGGAUGAAAGUUCUGCUCAAGAAGCCAGUACAAGCGCAGUUACUGGGGAAAGUUCUGAUUCUAUAGUUGAAGUUAAUGUCAAGACCUUGGAUUCACAGAUCUAUACAUUCCGAGUUGAGAAAAAUAUGCCAGUUCCAUUGUUCAAGGAGAAAAUAGCUGGGACAGUUGGUGUGCCAGUUGAGCAGCAGCGUCUUAUUUUUAGGGGAAAGGUUUUGAAGGACAAUCAAUGCCUCUCAGAAUAUCAUGUGGAAGAUGGACAUACACUGCAUCUAGUGGCAAGACAACCAGCUCAACCCCAAACUUCAUCUGGAACACUUUCUGGAGAGGCGAAUGCAAACACCAAUGGGCAAGGAAAUGAUCCAAAUACUGCUGUUCCGCGUAAUCGGGUUGGUCAAGUUUCACAUAGCGUAGUUCUUGGAACGUUUAAUGUUGGGGACCAAGGUGAAAAUGGUGGUGUUCCUGACCUUACUCGGAUCGUUGGCGCUGUUCUAAAUUCUAUUGGGCUUGGGGGCCAGAUCCCUAUGGGUGCAACAAACACAUCGUCCAGUGUACCUCCCAAUGCUACUAAUCAAACCUCUCAAGCUGCUGAAACUGAAGGAACACGUGGAAAUGUUGCUGGAAGGGGGGGUGGGCAGGCGUUCCCAAGUCAACCAUUUCAGUCUCUAGCUCAGUCUUUGCAAUUUCCUUUGACUGGGGCAGCUGUAAAUGUUCCUUCACAUCAAAUGCCUAUUCCCGAUUCUCUAAGCACACUUUUGGAGUUCAUAAACUGCAUGGAGCUGGUUUUGCGAGUCAAUGGAGGUCAUCCUUCUGCUUCAGAAAAUACUGGAGAUCCGCCAAGAGUGGAGUUGCCAUCUAAUGCACGUGGAUUGCGAACACCUGAAGCACUCGGUAUUGUUCUGCGACAAGCCCAACAACUUCUUAGCUCUCAUGCUGCAGCUGCUCUUUCGCAUAUUGCGGAACGUCUUGAAGGGGAGGGAGGUGCAACUGAUCCUGCAGUCCGGAGCCAAAUUCAAACUGAAUCAGUACAAGUAGGGCGGGCAAUGCAACAUUUAGGGGCUCUUUUUCUAGAGCUUGGCCGCACCAUUGUGACGCUUCGUAUGGGGCAAUCUCCUGCUGAAUCUUCGGUAAAUGCUGGGCCAGCUGUUUAUAUAUCCUCCUCUGGGCCAAAUCCGAUAAUGGUUCAGCCAUUUCCAAUCCAAACCAGCUCUCUCUUUGGUGGUGGUGCUGCUACCCAGACAAAUGCUGGAAUCCCAGUUCCUGUCGGGCUUGGUGAUACACCUCGACAUGUGAACAUUCAUAUACAUGCUGGGACUUCCCUUGCUGGUGUCCCAUCAGUUGGUCCUAGGCCAAAUACUGGGGAAGUAAGUCAGGGGGAAAAUCGUAAUGGAGCUUCUGGUGAUUCAGGUUCAGGUUCAGGUCGGAUGCUGCCUGUGAGGAGUGUCCUUACCACAGCUGUUCCAUCAUCACGUGUGCCUGUGGAUCCCAGUCAUACUCGAAGCAGCAAUACCACUUCAAUUCCUAGAACUGAGCAGAGUAACCCAAAUGCUGCAUCUGCUGCACAAGGUUCAAAUGAAGGUACUCCUAGUGUGGGGCCAUCUUCUGCUUCUACCAUUCACCCAAUGGUAUCAGAAAUCAAUGCACAGCUAAGAAAUCUUGUUCGUGAUAUGGGGGGAGAAAAUGUUGCACCUUCAGGUCCAUCGGAGAGUCCUAGUAAUCAGGGACUGGCCACUGGAUCUGUCUCCGGUGAUGGGGCUGGGAACUCCCAGCAGGAGCGUUCCCACAAAGAUGACAAAUCUCCUUGCAAAGAAGCAUCAGCAUCUAGUUCAGCGGGAGGAUCAAGCUGUGCUGGUGACGCUACCAAACAAGUUGUCUCAGAUGAUGUUUCUAGAUCCAGCGGAAGUCAUGGUGUCAAAGAUGUUCCAUUGGGUUUAGGUCUGGGAGGCCUUCAACCUAAGCUUAAACGAGGCAGACAGGGAAGUUCGCAAGUGAAGAAUGCUAAUGAUGCCACAAGUAGCGGGGUUCCUACUAGCAAUCAAAACCAGCAAGCCAUUACUAGUGGCCAGCAGAUUCUACAGUCACUUGUAGCUCGAGGUUCCAAUGCAAGAACGGAUAGUAACGGUGUAUCUGAUCAGAUUAUGGGUGCCAGGCCAUCGGCAGUCCCUGCUUCCAACAGUCAGUUUGAUGCAGCAGGCAUGAUGUCUCAAGUUUUGAACAGCCCUGCUUUGAAUGGUCUAUUGUCAGGGGUAUCAGAGCAAGCAGGGAUGGGAUCACCUGAUGGACUGAGGGGAAUGUUGGAUCAGUUUACAAGGAAUCCUGCAAUGAUGAAUAUGAUCAACCAGGUUGGACAACAAAUCGGUGGUGGCCAAGAUCUUGGCGGCAUGUUCUCAGGGAUGGGAAGGGGACAAGGUGGUGGGUUGGAUUUAUCGAGUAUGGUUCAACAAAUGAUGCCGAUUGUAACACAAGCUCUCAACAGGGGGGUGUCCUUUCCUGAAUCUUCUCGUGAAGUAGAACCCCAGCCCCAAGAGCAGCCUAUGGAGAUUGGGACAGUCAGGGAGAAUGAAAACAGUCGAAAUCCUCAGAUUGACCUCCAGCAAACUGCUGAGAGAAUUGAACGCCAUGAUCCACCUGCAGAUGUUUUCCGAUCGGUUGUUGAGAACACUGCUCUUUUGUAUGGCAAAGGGAAUUCUUCAGAGGAGGAGCUUGUUGAUGACAUUUGCAGUAAUGAAGACCUAGCAGAUGAAUUCAUGGAGAUGCUAUCCCGCGACGUACGCCGAAGGUUGGAUGAUUCUAGGUAGAGCAACUGAUACCAUAAUUUUCCUGGAGUCGUAGCAGUUGGAAUGUGUCAAUAUACUAAAUCAGAGAUCCCUUUUCUUUUUCUUUUUAAUUACAAGUGCUUAAGCUGGGAACAGUUGCCUUUAUAUAGGUCAUGAAAUACAUUCCCGAUGUUACCUUGGCUUAAAUCGAGUAUACAGAUUUCGUUUUCGAGCUCCUAUGCCACUGAGGUCAAUGUGGGAUAGUUUAUAUAGUUUGUUCAUAGUGAAAGAUGGAAUUUUAGUUAUUCUUCCGCCAGAUAUAUUUGGAUCAUCUUCUCUAAAAAAUUACUUGAUCAGAUCCUUGUGUAAAAAUAUGUGAAGAAUCAAGACUGCAGUACAGCAUUAGUUGAACAAUGCUUUGUUUCGAA